CAAACCAAGUGGCAAUCCCAAAGGCCAAAGCCAACUCACUCACACUGUCAUCUUCCACGAAAAACCCGGAGAUGGAAUCUUCCGUCCAAGAGUUCGAUGUCAUAGUCGUCGGCGCCGGAAUCAUGGGCAGCUCCACCGCUUACCAGGCCGCCAAGCGGGGCCACAAGACCCUCCUGCUCGAGCAAUUCGACUUUCUUCACCACCGGGGCUCCUCCCACGGCGAGUCCCGUACGAUUAGGGUUACGUAUCCAGAUGACUAUUACGCUCCUCUGGUACUCGAGUCCUACAAGCUAUGGCUACAAGCAGAGUCUGAAAUCGGCUACAAUGUCUAUUUCAAGGCCCACCACUUCGAUAUGGGCCAAGAAAGCAACAGAGUUUUCCAGGCAGUUGUAGCCAGCUGCCGUAAGAACGAGAUAGCUUACCGGGUUCUGAACCGGGAGCAAGUGGAGCAGGAGUACUCGGGUCGAAUCAAGUUACCGGAGGGGUGGGUGGGUUUGGCUACGGAGCACGGUGGUGUGAUCAAGCCCACCAAGGCUGUGUCUAUGUUCCAAACGCUGGCGCUGCAAAACGGCGCCGUGUUGAGGGACAACAUGGAGGUGACGGAGAUAAAGAGAGAUGAGGUGAAGGGAGGCAUUUGGGUUGGGACAGGAAAUGGGGAGAGGUUUUGGGGUAAGAAGUGUGUGAUGACAGUUGGGGCUUGGACUAAGAGGUUAGUUAAAACGGUUGGUGGGUUUGAACUGCCUAUACAGCCCUUGGAGACCACAGUGUGUUAUUGGAGGAUGAAGGAGGGUCAUGAAGCUGGUUACGCCAUUGGAGGUGACUUCCCCACUUUUGCUAGCUAUGGGGUUCCAUAUGUCUAUGGCACACCCUCAUUGGAGUAUCCGGGUUUAAUCAAGGUUGCGGUGCAUGGCGGGUACCCGUGUGACCCGGAUAAGAGGCCUUGGGGACCCGGGAACCCGCUGGCUCCUUUGAAGGAGUGGAUAGAGACGACAUUCUCCGGUGUGGUUGACUCCGGAGGGCCGGUUGCCACUCAGUUGUGUAUGUAUUCUAUGACCCCGGAUGAGGAUUUUGUGAUUGAUUUCUUAGGGGGUGAGUUCGGGAAGGAUGUGGUGAUCGGAUGCGGUUUUUCCGGUCACGGGUUCAAGCUGGCUCCGGUGGUAGGGAGGACAUUGGCUGACCUUGCACUUAGUGGAGAGGCUAAAGGAGUGGAGCUAAAGCACUUCAGGAUAGCAAGAUUUCAAGAGAAUCCAAAAGGCAACGCAAAAGAUUACCUAUAAACUAAAUCACUACCUUUCUGUUGUAACUGUUGUCUAUGUAAGAAAAUGUACGUCUAUGGUAGUCUUAUCGAUGCCAUCUGUAAUGUUCCUGUGUGCUUGUAGUUGAUAAUGCAAUUCAGAACGUGUGAUGCCCAACUAGAAAAAGGCCGAGCCAGAAACAGGGGAAGAGCAUAUGCAAAGGCAAAGCCAUGAAAAUCUAUAGAGCAUUCGUUUCAACAGAAAAGGUCGAGUCAGUUCGCCACCCCUUGUAGUACAGAUAUGAGAACUGAAAAUAUUCUUG